GGGAACUGUUCUGCAUACGCCCAGAAGAAUGGAAGGUAAAAUGGGCAUGACUCGGCUGUUGGCGUUGAUGGGGCUGACUGUCUUGGUUAGUGGCUGCGAGUACUCGAGGAAAUCAGGAAUGUUUGAGAACUAUUGGAAGGACGAACAUAAAAUCGCAUACGAUGAAGCAACAGGCUACGACCUUGAUCCUGCAAGCGGUGACACGGUGGACGUCAAACUGAUCAACGAUGCCUCUGUGUUCUCGGCCUCCCCGUCCAAAGAUAUCAAGAUUUACGACUUCGGAAUACUGAGAGUGCACGGAACCACGAAUCCUGGGAAUAACGGAGCCUACCCCGAUGCUGACGCCUAUCUAGCUGAGGCUCCAACGGGUGUGAGGUACAAUGACUUCGAUCUCGGAUUUUUCGGUGCCUACUGGUUUCAGAGUCAUUUAGAUCUGCGUUAUGAAUUCACCUAUCGCCAUAUCACAAACGUCGCCAUAACAAGCGGUUUGGAAAAGGGUGGCUCCAAGUGUGACCUUCAACGGAUGGCGGCUAUCAUCGAUGAUUGCCGUCGGGCCGCCUAUAGCACGACCACCAUUAUCGAGAUGCUGGUUGUAACGCAUCACUUUCGAGAUGACGACACUGGAGAAGACUUGUAUGCGCAGACCGUGCUUGCCAUUGGGGACGACGGUGAGACGUAUGUGACGUUUAUCUACGAGGCCCCAGGGGGUGGUCAAGACCUCUUGGACGUACACUAUUUUCUGAGGGGAUACAUCAAUGGUAACUACCCUUCCACGGCAUCCUCUUCUUGGGGCGGGUUGUGUGACGAUAUUAACAAGUCACCAACCCCUCACGUGCACUUGAAGUCCAACUGUCUCUGUAACGACUGGAAUGAUGGGGUCUACAUGUUCCACGUCAAAGACUACGGAGGAACAUUUGGCACCUCGCUGACCCAUGAAUGUACAACGACAACAAUCGCCUCAUCUCCCUGCAGUGUGACCAAUGUCGCCCGAGACUGGCCAUUUCGUACCAACAGGAACUGUAUGCCUGCGGUUGUUCCAACAGAUACUUGUCGAGAGCACGUAAGCUGUCAAAGAUUAACAUCUACCUCAGCCAAAAUUUCGAUCACAUUGCUCAACCCAACUUUCACAGAGGUAGCGCUUGUGCCGCCUGGCAGCCUGGCAUUUACACAAGCGGUAUGCAGUAGGACGUUGGUCAACAAUAAAGCUACGUUUACUCUGAACCCGAACGACGAUGUGUGUACUUCGGUUUCCAUUUCCGGUGAUGAUGUCACCUUCCAUGUUUACAACCAUGAAAAGGACUAUUCAGGGAUUUACCAGCCGGGGUAUAGGGUCUUUGAAGGCACGUGCCAUCUAGACGACCUUCCCCAAACUGUCACAUCCAAAUACGACGUGAACGACAUCUACUAUUUGUAUGAUUAUGAUGACGGGGAAACCGUGGACUUUUUUGUUGCCACAGAAAAAAUCUACGACAUGGCUUCGACGAAAAAGAUACAGGCCGGGGAUGAGGUUCUUGUUGGGUUAAAUCUCUUUCCGACCAUCUGUUUGGACUAUGGAUCUGGAACAUUUACAGCAAACGUAGAUCCGUACGGUGUCUACGUUAAAGACUGCUAUAUCGGCAAGGACGCUAACUUCGCCACCAAAAUUCAAAUCAUCAAUGACGGGUGCCGAGUGAACACCGGCUCACCCGACGAAAGGUUCUACCUCGAAGACAGUUUCAAAGAGGCUGUCGGCUUUAGUGAUAAUGCCUAUGAUUUCUGCAUCUCGACUGGCAAAAUGGACGCUGCGAAAUGGAUCGAUGACGCUGAUAGCACGAUCCACAUCCGGUGUGAGAUAGACACGUGCUGGAACAAGGCACUGUACGAUGACGGCGACAGGAUAUCAAAAUGCCAGGAUUCGUGCAACGGUGAAGAUGAUGAUGGUCUAACGAGGAGAAAGCGUGACGUUCAACGUGUGACUGGUAACUCAACAACGACCCUGGAAACUAGCUUCACACUUAAAAGGCCAGAAGAACCGGAAGAAGCAGCUGACGAGAACUGCGUCAGCAACACGAUUGCCAUAGCAACGCUGACAACGUUGUUGGUUCUGCUGUUGCCAAUGAUGGGCGUUGUUGUCAUGAUGUUUUAUAAAUUGCACUCCAGGAAGAUGUAGAGAUAUGUUACGGUGCGAUUUGGAACUACUUUCUGGAACUACUUUUUAGAACUACUUUCUAUAGCUAUUUUCUGGAACUACUUUGUCAUCUACGAAUUCACUUUGCAAAACAACGCUUAUCAAACUGACAAUGUGUUCCUUUUGUCGAUUAAGAAAUAACUAUUUUAAUCAUUCAAAAUGCCUUUUCAAGGUAAACGCAAGUGUUCUAUUUGUAUUCAGAGUAUAACAUUAUGCUAAUGUAACUUUUUUAAUGUGAUUUUAUUAUUCAAAUUCUUUUUAACAUAGUGAUUUAAUGACGCUGAAAAUAUUUUCAACUAAUAUUGAGUGUAUGCAAACAUAUAUGCGUGCUUGUUAUAAACAAUAAAGAUAU